UUCGGUUCAGUUUGCCGCGAGAGCGCCAAAUCUCGUAAUUAGGUUACACAAUUUAAUUGCUGAUUAAUUCUAAUCAUAACUACGAUGUCGUCUCCAGCUGAUAAUGGAUCGUGCCAUGGAAACGAUAAUCCUCCUUUGUAUCACAGCACCGAGCGGAUGAUGCCGUUGGGAUUCAGCACACCGCAACAGAACCGAUCAGAAACCCGGAAUUAUUAUUCCGCUCAACCGAAACAUAUGCUACCUCGGUCUCGCGGUGGAGGAUACCAGAACCGUAAUCGUUUUGGACAAACACAGCAGCACAGCAACCAGGACAGGUCCAGCUUUUCACCGAUGGAUAACGCAGGUGAGCAGCAGGCUGGCCAGAACUACGGUCGGAAUUGGAGGGGGCAGCACCAAAAUCGGCAUCAGAAUUACAGUGGUCAACGACGGCACCAAAACCAUCAUCAGCAUCAUCAAAAAACGACGAUCUACAGGAUUGAGGACUACUUGCACCCGUCGAUGCUGGAGGAUCCAUGGGAAUAUCUAUCGCGGAAGGGCCAUAAAAAUGACAAAGAUACAGCGGAAGCAGACCCUACGCUCGAUGGACUGAAAUAGAACGAACUACACAUAAAACACUUGAAUAACACAUUUACACACGAUUCCUGGAAGGGUGCUUUAGAAUCUAUACUACGAAUUGUGUGUUUUCAUUCAUCAAUUAGGAAAACUGGUUUUAACAUUAAUAAAACGUUUUUUUUAAA